AUAAUAAUAAAACUGUGAUAAACCACAUAAGUAAGCAAAAAUAAAAAAAUAAAAAAAUAAAAAAAACGCAAAGGUUUCUACUGGUGCGAGAUCUGACCUGACCCUGGUGCGAAUCCACCGCACUGCGUUCUCUGGAAGAAGCUCGCUCCUCUGCUAAACUGCGAGAAAAUAAACAAGGAAUUUGAAACUGUCGAAUCUCGAAGAAGAAAGAUGAAUAUUUUCAGAUUAGCGGGUGAUAUGACUCACCUUGCCAGCGUUCUCGUCUUGCUACUCAAGAUCCACACCAUCAAAUCCUGCGCUGGCAUUUCAUUGAAGACUCAAGAACUCUAUGCUCUUGUUUUUGCUACUCGCUAUCUGGAUAUAUUUACGGAUUUCAUAUCCCUCUACAAUACUACGAUGAAGCUGAUAUUUUUAGGAAGUUCAUUUUCAAUUGUUUGGUACAUAAGGAACCACAAGAUUGUCAGUAGGUCUUAUGAUAAAUCUCAAGACACCUUCCGCCAUUAUUUCCUUAUAAUUCCUUGCUUACUCUUGGCUCUUCUUGUCAAUGAGAAAUUCACAUUUAAAGAGGUGAUGUGGGCAUUUUCCAUAUAUUUAGAAGCUGUUGCCAUACUUCCUCAGCUUGUGCUGUUACAAAGAACUAGAAACAUUGACAACUUGACCGGGCAAUAUGUAUUUCUUCUUGGUGCAUACCGAGCCCUAUACAUUCUCAACUGGAUUUAUCGCUAUUUCACUGAGACACACUAUGUUCAUUGGAUAACUUGGGUAUCAGGGCUUGUACAAACAUUGCUUUAUGCUGACUUCUUCUAUUAUUACUUUGAGAGCUGGAAAAACAACAAGAAGCUUCAGUUACCAGCUUGAGUCAUUUGGUGCAAUGCUCAAAGACGGGCUAAAGGAUUCUUAACUGUGCUUUCAGGAUGAUCUUGUUUCACAGACACUACAGCCCUUUCUUACUAUUUUUUUUAUUUCAUCUUAUUUUUGUGGGUUAGGUCAUUGCUGGCAGGACUUUUGGAGGAUUAGUUAUUUUCAGAUAUCAAAAAUUGCAUGCUUGUCCCAUAUUGUUUGUAGAGAAGCAAAGUGGCAUCGUUUAAUCCAUCUGUGGGAAAAACAGUUGCACUUAUACUUGCCUGCAUGGGCUAAUCUUGAAUGGAGGUGGAUUUCUAGUGUUGUGAGAUGAGAAAUGUAAGAUAGCUGAACAUAUUGUUCAUGAACUUAAAAUGCUGAAAAUGGCAUAAACUUUUUUGCACA